GUGACAGACGACAUUUCUUUCAAUUAAUUUCAAACCUUCACUUACUACUCUGCUAAUUAAUUGCUUUUUGCUUUAAUAGCUGCUGAUGCUGAGUUAUUAGUAAAAAUUAGUGAUCGCUGAGGUUGAGUGAAUUUUCAGAGGAGUGCAGAGUGCUCUGGACUGCUGGGCAGGUGACGAAACUGAAAGGUUAACUUCCCGUCCUGACAUUUAUAUUUAUGAACCAAGCGAAACUUCACUAAAUAACUGUGUAGCUGACUAUGGGCAAUGAAAAGAGUCAACCAGCCGGCCUAACCAUAGAUGAAACUCCAACUGAAGUUACGGAUGGCUGGAGUUUGCAUGGAGCCACUUAUGCAGUCGGAAGUGUUCCCAAAAUAUCUGUAUUUGUUUCAACAUGCCCUGUGUCAUCAGAGAGUUCACAUCUAGAGAAAUUCACAAAGAAUGUGAUGGUCUACAGACAUCCUUGUAUUCUGAAGUAUGUCUCCCACUGGCGCAAGGGCUCCAAGUUCCAUCUAGCCACUGAGCAAGUUCAGCCUCUCGCUCAAGUUCUUCCGUCUCAAACCUCAUUGCAGAUCUGCGUGGGUCUCCAGAGUGUAUUGAAGGCGUUGGUGUUCCUUCACGAAUCUGGAACUGCUUCUCACAAUAACGUUUGUCGUGCGUCCGUCUACGUCACCCAGGGAGGCUCAUGGAAACUCGGAGGUCUAGAAUAUCUUUGCAGAUUUAACGAGAUGAGCAGCCGCUAUCUAGAAGAGACAAGAACUCGCCGUUACGACCCGUCAGUUGCGGCCAAUGAGAGUGAAUCACUUCCACAACCCGUGUCAGCUGUGGACGCGUACGCCUUCGGAGUUCUGGCGUCGGAAGUGCUGAUCAACAAGAAUCCAGAUGAGGUGCCAGGAAUGCCAGACUUUCUGGAGCUAUGUAAGAAGCAACUUCAGAGUCCAAACUGCGAAGUUCGUCCCUCUCUCUCCUCCCUGCUCUCCCAUCCCUUCUUUUCCCACGAGUUCCUCUCCAUACAUAACUUCCUGGUGGAUCUCCCCAUCAAGAAAGAAGAAGAAAAACAGGACUUCUUCAGGAACCUAUCACAGAAGCUGAACAGUUUCCCGGAGGAGACCGUAGCUAGUCAGCUGGGCUCACUGUUGUUGUCUCGGAUGGUUCUGCUCGACUCCACGGCCCAGGCGUUCCUACUGCCACAGGUGUUUGUACCACGGAGAGAGGACAGCAGUGAGAACGGUUUGUUCACUGAGAACACAUUCAAGACACACAUGGUACCACGACUUCUGCCGCUGUUCUGUGUGCGAGAUGUCCAGAUCAGGCUCAUCCUACUGUCUUACUUCCAAUCCUACUGCGCUCUCUUCUCACAAGUCCAAUUGCAGACUAGAAUACUUCCAGAGUUGCUGGUAGGCAUCAAGGAUGUCAACGACAGUGUCGUCUGUUCCACUCUUCGAGCCCUUGCUGAGCUGGUGCCAGUCUUGGGCGGUGCUGUUGUGAUUGGAGGAAAGCGAGCGAAACUGUUUGCAGAUGGCCGGCCAAAGACUGUAAAACCCUCAACAAAACACCAGCAGAGUAAAGACUUUAAAGAAGAUCCUUCUCAAUUCCUUGAAGAGGGCGCCGUUGAGGGAGAACUGCCGGAGAGACCGUCACCGGACGGAGGGGAGUACGUCCCAACCCCCUCCCCUAGCGAGGAAGAGGAAACCUGGCCAGACUGGGACUAUAAGACCAACCCGACUGCAGCAGAACCAAGUUUUACCCUCACCAUGGCUGAAGAAGAAAGCAAAAGUGAAAGCACAGAAAUGCAAAGUGCUGCAAAAGACAAAAAGGACGUAAAAGGCGGAAUCAACUCUUUGGAACUAAGAAUAAAACCGAAAGUUAAGGACGAAUUUGAAGACAUUUUCCGUGACAUGGAGCCUGUGAUCUCUAAACCCCAAGUAGUCCAUGUGACUGAAGCAGCCAAAGUGACGGAUAAGUUCGCCCCUUCCACCGACCUCGAGGCGGACGGCUGGGGCGAAGAUUUUGAUGCUUGGGACGACAUCGACAACGACAACCAAAUAUCCGUUAGCUAAGACAUAAGUGUAAACUCUAGUAUCUAAUUUUUCUAUACCAUGUAAGUAUUGUCGAUUAAAGCAUUUAUUAGGACAUUUUAUUAACUGAUCAUUUUACAGGAUCGGUUUAGUUGUAUUUUAAAAUGUUUAAUUUAGAUUGGACAAUUUUUGAAUAACACUCCAAGAGCGAGAACUUAAGACAGGUGUUGCUGUGUUCAAAAAAGUAAAACCAGCUACAAAUAUAAGUAUUACGUAGUUUACGUUUAACUUUGUCAGGGAUUCUCAUGCAAUAAAACAAUACAGCUCAAAAUUAACUAAUUCACAUCACUUUUUAGACACAACGUUCAUUUCUCAGAACAACAAUUACCAAAUAUAGAGGUUUAAACAAAUCGUUUAGUUAAUUUUACUCCAGUGGCUUUUGUUAUGUAAGAAUCGCAAACACUUUAAAACUAAAGUAGUCCAAAUGCUUAAAAUUGUUAUUGGUUUAUUAGUGUAAAGUGUUUGGCAUUGACCAAUAUGUAGAUAUGGCCUCUUGCACCUAAGUCUAAAGAUGCUAUCCACUAGCAACACAUUCCAAAUGUUGAAUAUCGUCCACAUUGUUUUUUCCACACACAUCACUUUUUAAUAUUAUUUUGUAUUUUAUCGUGAAUAACCAGUUGAAACAAGUUAUUAAAAUUGUAUGAAACCCACAGAGUUUUUAAGAAUAAGUAAAACUCUGAUAAUGUUACAAGAAAAAGUAAACGUACAUCAAUUGACUGAUUUCACAAACACUCAUUUAUAAUCUCGUAAAUUUACUAAAAUUAAAAACCAUCGGGAAAAUGUGUUAGUUCCUACAAGUUUGUACAUAGUUUAAGGUUAAUUAAUAAUUCUGCAACGUAUGGCGUACAAGCCAAGGUUUUAAGUAUUGAUGUUGGAAUGGCAGGGUUGUGUCAGAAUAAAGACAUCCUGGUACAAGAAACAUAUAUAUACAUCAUUACAGUACUUGCUAACUAUUGUGAAUGAAUUGUGUAAUUGUAUUUGUAUUUCUUGUACCAGAAUUGACUCAUUCCCAUUCAGAUAAGCUUACCAUCUCACCAAUAAUACUUAAAAUGUGUACAUAGGUGUGUUAUAAUUUAAUCCAUUGUCAAAUACUUUUGUUUUAUAAUCAAUGAGUCUAUUGUAUAUCUACAGGUGUAAUUGUAUUCUGCAUAUUAUACACAUUUGGAAUUGUAAUGUAUUUGUAUUGUAUAGUUACAAUGUUACAAAUUAUGAAUUCUAUUAAAAUAAAAUGUAUAUAUAUUUUGAGUCUAAGGUGAUUUCUUCUAAAGAAUUUUAUAACUUGUCUCUGCAAAUAUAGAAGAAUACUUUUAGGUGGUGCAUCCAUUUGUCUUUCUAAACUCUGCAAUAUUUUUUAAGUGCUAAUUUCCGAGCAAAUUUGCAGGAUUUGAUAAAAAGUUAUUGGACCAUAAAAAUCCAAGGUUGGGAUUGGAUAAUUGAGGUACAUAAAUUAUGAGACUUUUUAUUCCUUAUUUUCUGUAUUUGAGAAGUUUCAACUAACGAUAAAUAUGUUUUGAAACACUGACGACAAAUCACAUAAAAGUGUUGUAACUAAAAAUAAAAGUUGUUGGAUUGUGGUUUAUGUGUCAUUUAUGGAAUGACAAAAUAAAAGUGCCGCAAGUGUUUUAACAUUGUUUUAGUUGGUUGCCCAUUGGAAGUAUUUUUUCCAUGUAAUUAGGGUAGAAAACUCUUCCCCUAAGAGCUGAACUUUCUCUUUAAAAAUGUAUAUGGACCUAGCAUAAUG